AUGAAACCCUAUGGCUUGUGACCCUUCAAUGCAAAACUGAUGGAACGAGGAAUCCAGCAUACUUAUCAAAUUUUAGUUUCUAGUGCGUUUAUGGGUUGCAUAAAAUCAAAACGCAAUUUAAAAGUUUGGGUCCUUCUUGUUGAUUUCUCCAAUCAACUCUCGUCAGGGGAGGACGUUUUAGUCGAAUAA